CAUUUUGUUUCAUGUUUCUCUGCUGGUUUGUUUUUCUCUCAUUCCUCUCUCAUCUCCAUUACUUCAUGUUUGGAUGGCAGCUAUUCAGGGUCCUGUCUUUCACAUCUCUUUUAGUCACAUGUUUUCUUUCUUUACUUGGCCCACUAUUUGGUUUUGCACUAUGUAAUGUUUUGAUAUUUAAUCUCUCCUGCUCUCCAAUCUAUCACUUGCUCAAAAUCUAUUACGUUUAUAAUUUUUCUCGGUUCUCAUGGAAGAUCCCAGACCUGAAACAUUAACUCUCUUACUCUUUCAACAAAUUGCUGCCAGAACUGCUGAGUAUUUCCAGCAUUUUCUGUUUUGUUCAAUCUCCAACAUCUGUAGUAUUUUGCUUUUAUAAUUUGUGUGUUGCACUGACCUGCCACUGACUGCUUUGCACAGCUUUCUAUGCAGCCUGCACUGAACCCUUUAUAGAGCUGUACUUAUUGAACUGUGUGCACUGUACUGCCUGUACUUCGCUUAUUUCCAUAUUUGUAUUCAAAUUUUAAAAUCUUUUAGCAUAACCAAGUGACAAUUUUGAAUUGUAUUACAAUCAACAGCCUUUCAAGAGAGAAUACAAAUUUGGGGCCCAUUCUAGUUCCUCCAUGUGGAAACAAUGUAUAGUUAUCUUCCCAUACAUUGACUUAGUAUUUUCUCAAGUGAUUGUGUUUUCGCCUCUACUGUUUCCAUUCCAUGUAGUGAUUGCUCUUGUGCCAAGGAGAACUCUCUAUUUGUUCUUGUUUUAACUCCAUUGUCCUCUUAGCUUGUGUCUUGGUGAACAGAACUAGAGAAAAUACUUGAGGAUGGUGACGAUGCACAGGGCUACCCCAAUAGAGGGGUAGGAAAGACCAUUUGGCUCAUUAGACAUAUUGGAUGAUAUUUCAAAGCUUCUGCAGCUUUGAUUAGGAAGUAUUGGCCGCUCCUACAGUUUCUUUUUUGGUAGGAAAAUGGCCGAAGACCCACAGAGAAACUUCCGUUCUCACUAUUAUGAAAAGGUUGGAUUUCGUGGUGUUGAAGAGAAGAAAUCCCUUGAGAUUCUGCUGAAGGAUGAUCCGUUAGAUGUUGAGAAGCUCUGCACUUUUGCUCAACGCUAUCCUCUUCCCUCCAUGUAUCGUGUUCUUGUGUGGAAAGUAUUGCUUGGUAUUCUUCCUCCUCACUAUGAAUCACACUCUAUUGUGGUGACAUUUAGAGAAGAGCAGUAUCAGGAUUUGUUGCACGCAUUGCAAGUUAUUCGGUUUGUUCAAGAUUCCACCCCACAGGUUUGGGUUUAUCUCCGAAUGCAUCAGUUGGAAUCUGGAACACUGCCACGUCGUCCAUCUCAGUCACUGGAAUCAGAGGAUGCGGUGUUUAUUGCAAUAGCGGAAGCAAUGGAAGAGAUGGUAGAAAAUGAUGUUGAUGCCUACUGGCUAGCCAAAUGCUUUGUGAACCAAUUCAAUAAUAAAUAUGGUGAUUCAGUGCCUCACUUGCCAAAGAGCCUUGAACAUUACCUGAAUCUGGAAGACAGCAAACUCCUCACUCACCUCAAGACAUGCUUGGCUAUGAAUAAGCUCCCCUAUGACUUGUGGUUCAUGCAUUGUUUUGCAGGCUGUUUACCUGAAUCUAGCCUUCAAAGAGUUUGGGACAAAAUCAUAAGUGGAUCCUGCAAAAUCCUGGUCUUUGUAGCCAUGGAGAUUUUAUUAACUUUUAAAAUGAAAUUAAUGGCAAUGAAUAAAGCAGAAAAUAUUGCCCACUUCCUGCAAAAUAUUCCACAGGAGAAUACAGAUGCCAUCAUCAGCAAGGCCAUUGACUUAUGGCACAAGUAUGUUGGAACCCCUGUGCACUCUGUAUAGUUAAAAAUUGAAUGAAAUUGAUGUAAUAAUAACUGUCUUCUAGUUAAUUUAUUAAAAUAAUUUUGCAUAA